AUGGAGGAGGAACUAUCGUUGUUGUGGGGAAAAUUUUCCUUGAGAGAGGAGGAACAAGUAGGGGUUUCUUUGGCGACCUCAGAAAUUGUUCCUCUGGUGACCAGGGGAAAAGACUGUUUGGUAGGGAAGUUGCUGACUAAAAGAGUAAUGCCGAAGGAGUUCUUUCGAGCCUCACUUUUGAGGGCUUGGAGACAGUCGGGAGAGGUGUCGUUCAACGUCAUUGGUGAAAAUAUGUUUAUUGCAAAGUUUGAACAUAUGUGGGACAAAGCUCGUAUUAUGGAGGGUAGGCCAUGGCUUUUCGACGGAAACCUGGUUUCCCUUGAAGAGUUUGAUGGCCUAACCCCUCCCUCCGCUAUGAAUUUUGACAUGGCUUCAUUUUGGGUGAGGAUGUACAACCUGCCUCUUGCAUGCAUGAGGAAGGAGGUUGGUCAGAAAAUAGGAGAAUCAGUAGGGAUUGUGGAGGAAGUUGACAUCUUAGAUGAAGAGGCCGGUUGGGGGACUUUCCUUAGGGUGAAGAUCUUUUUUGACCUUACGAAGCCGCUGGCAAGGGGUUGUAUGCUCUAUUUCCAGAACCAGUCGUUAUGGGUGGCUUUCAAGUAUGAGAAAUUGCCAAAGUCGUGCUACCAUUGCGGAGUCAUUAAGCAUGACCGACAGGGAUGUGUUUCCCCGGGGACCAGUCGUACUCCUGUAAAAGAGGAAGAUCAACCUUACGGAAACUGGCUUUGA